UACAGUAUCAAUGCGUCACGGGACGGCUAUAUGGUGCGACUGCGAACAGAGUCACUAAUCAUCACUCUACCUACUCCGGACUUCAGCAUGCCUUACAACGUCAUCUGUUUGGCCUGCACAGUCGUAGCUCUGGCAUUCGGACCUCUGCACAACAUCACUACUAAGAAAUUACAACUGACCAAAGCUGGGGAGCCUAAGGGAGUGUUUGCUUUGUUGUCUAAUAGGUCGACCAAGUUUUUAGUCGGCUUGGGGCUUGUGGCAGCAGCUGCAGUUUUUGGCCUAAGACAUUUCAAUAUAAUUGAGUUUUAGACCAAUACUUAAGGUUUUUGUAAAUCCCACUACAUGUAAAUUUGUAUAUGUUUGUAUUAUACAUUCAGUGAUGUACAGAUGCCAACAAGGUCAAGGACCGCUGGUGUUUUUGUGUGUGUGUGUGUGUAGUUUCAGAUCUCUAGUCUCCAUGAACAAAAUGAUCAUGGGUGAAUGCAGUUAUGAAAGACUUUGUAGUGAAUUUUCAUAUUUAUUAAUGACUUUUGUAAUAAUUAUUUGCUUGACUAUUGCUUGAAUAAACUCUUUAUGUAUAAAACAAUUAUAAUUUUUCUAUUUAUUUUAUCAGUAACUUUGUAAGAA